GAUCGGGUGGCCAACCGCUGCAGAUUCUCCGCCAUUCCUUCACCCUUUUUAAAGCUUCGCCCACCACUUCUCCGUCCUUCAGAAUGACCAGCCUCAGAUCUGCGACGGAAACCCUAUCCCGAUCCCCAAAGUUCGAUCUGGCCGUCUCUGCCUCGCAUUCCUUCCGGGUACAGUCCCGGCUCAGCGUGAUCCUGGAACCACCAUAAGCUUCGUUCGGAGGGGAUCGUCUUCGAUCCAAAUGCUGUCGAAUCAAUCGGAGGUUGUAGACAGCGUGAGGAUGGCUACUAAGUUUUUGAUGAACGUGACGGUGGAGCGGAGCUUCGGUCCUAUACAUUUGAUGAUAUCGCCGGAGAGCACGGUGAUGGACUUGGUCCAGAUGGCGUUGAAUUUGUACGUUAAGGAGGGAAGGAGGCCGCUGCUGCAGUUUACCGAUCCGACGGGAUUCGAGCUGCACUACUCGCUUUAUAAUUUUGAUUGUCUUGAUCCAGAGGAAAAACUGAAAAAUCUUGGAUCUCGCAACUUCUUUCUGUGUGCCCGGUCUACCAAGCGCAUUCUCCCUGCCUGGAGCUGUCGCAGCGGGAAUAAUUGAAGUACGGAUCUGAUGAAAGGCGUUUUAUUUCGUUAAUGUCUUUUUCUUUUAAGAUUAUGAGAUUUGUGAGGAAAGUGAUUAUUCGGUGUUUGGUAUGUAAGUCUGUUUCUACCUCAAAGUGCUGGCUGGGUAUCAUUACCCAAGAUUUUUAUUAAUUUAAGAUGCUCAGGUGUGGUGUGAGCUACUUGAAUAUGUUAUUUUCUAUGCAUUUUAUUAAUAUAUUUUUAUUUCGGGGUCCC